CUGGAUUUCAAAUUCGAAAUAGAUUUCCAGUUAUCCAUUUUGGAUUAGGGGUAUCCGGGGUCGUUCCCGUGGAAUGAAUAUGGUUAUUUCUUGUACCUUCUCCUUGACCGUGAACCACCAUCUACUCCCUUUCAUGCUGCUCUCUGGCCCACCACAAUCAUGGUUGAGAGCACCCUUCCUGGUGGUCCUGUCGAUAGCCGUGUAUUCGACCCUCCCUCAGUCAUCACCACCGACCACGUCUUCUCGUAUAGCAAAAUCGCGGUUAAUGAGUACAACCUAGGUGCCAAGGUCGGUCAGGGAAAGAAUGGAACCGUAUAUAUGGCUCGAAGCUCCUUGGAACCAAGCAGAAUAUUGGCUAUCAAGGCCGUCCGUCGCGUUUCUCCUCAAGACAAGAGGAACAAGAAAUAUGAACAGCUACGACGCUCGCAUAUUCCUCGACAUUCCGAUCCCACACUUGGUGAUGCUAUUCACUCUGCAGAAGGCAAGAUCCUCAAAGAAAUAGCUAUUAUGAAGAAACUUCGCCAUCCCCAUGUCGUUAGACUCUUUGAGGUGCUGGAUGACCGGGUCAUUGGCAAGAUAUUCAUGGUGAUGGAGUACUGCGCAGGUGGAGAAGUCGAAUGGACCAAUCAAGGCAACCCCGUCUCUACGGUGGAGCAGACUCGUCGCAUCAUACGGGACGCUAUACUUGGCUUGGACUACCUUCACGCCCAAGGCAUCAUCCAUCGGGAUAUAAAGCCAGCUAAUUUGUUGUGGACCGCGCACCGUCAGCAUGUCAAGAUCGCCGAUUUUGGGACCUCUCAGUUCUCCUAUGCACUACGGCUGUCCCAUGCCGGACCUUCCGCCCAGGACGAUCCAGAGGAUCCCAUCCUCCUCAACGACACUAACUUAGCUAUAAGAGCUGGGACGCCUAUGUUCAUGGCGCCCGAGGUUGUGUACGACAUUGCCUGCAUAGAUCAGAACGAUCCUCCCCCUCCCCAGCCUAUCACCAAUGCCAUUGACGUCUGGGCCCUUGGUGUCACCCUCUACUGCCUGCUCUUUGGCAAAGUGCCCUUUGCUUCGAAAGACAGCGGCGUCACGACCGAAUGGAAAGUGUAUCGGCGCAUCUUCAAUGAGGAUUGGGAGGCCGAAGACUACAUGGGUUAUGAUCGCAUCCCUACUGGCGGACGCUAUCCCAGUGACGAGCAUUCGGAAGGUGGAAUCGUUAUGCAUCUUCUUGACCACUUCCUUGCUAAGGACGUGAGGCUACGGAUUACCCUUAGCGAAGUUCGAUCCCUGGUUUCUUCAUGACCUUCCCAAUCCAGACACAUGGCUCCAAGAGACAUCGCAAAAAA